AUGGGUAAGGUAAAAUCUUUUUUCAGGGGACUUUCAUGUCCGAAGUCAAGUAGUGGCAAAGGUGAGUACCCCAAAAUCCAACGCCCGGCGACAUAUAACCCAACAGAUGUUAGAAAUAACAAAAAAAUAAAUAGAAGUACAACUAGUGAUGAAGAUGAUUUCGUAAGUGUUAUGCGAGGGGAUAACUUCUCCUUCUCUACACCCGUCAACACAGAGGAUAUUACGGAGGAGAAUCUGGAGCCCGAGAUUACGGAGUUUAACCAAGGUAUAGAAACUGGAAGCUCUAUAGUCAAUUUUAGAGAUAAUGCCCUAGUUGCUCUAUGCAACACACUAAGUCUCAAAAUCAGACAUGUCCUUCUGCUCUCCUUGGUAUGUAUGCAUCAGAACACAACAAAGGCACAUCUCUAUCGACAUUUUGUCAAAAAGGUCGUUAUUGUACUCGCGAGAAACCUGGAUAAGAAAGCCAGGCAAGCUGUGGUAACACUUAGGCAAAACGGGGUUCCACUCAUCAAGCCACCUAUAAUUAACGGCGCGGUUACAAUUUUAGCCGUCAGUCUUGCAAAAAAUCUAAGGUGGAAUCUCUUAUCGGUGUUUUUCGAGCUGAGGUCUGUAAAGUCGACCUGCACUGUUGCCGACUCAAAAAACAAGCCGAAGGACUCCACAAAUGAUGCUAAUGACCCUAGUGUAAGGGGACAGCCGGUCAACCAAGUGAAACCUACGACUGGUGGUGACGGUGGUUGUUCAAGUAGCAGUGGCAAAGAACCUGUGACCCGUAAAUUAGGACUAAAGAAAUCAACUGGAGAAAUAAUUGACAAAAGUAAAGUGAAAAUCGGUGAUAAUAUAUUCAAGAACGCUAUAAAGAACGUCAAAGUGAAAUCACCAGUGACAGUGGAACAUAAAGCAAACAUAGUAUGGGAGCUGGACUUCUUUACAUGUGAACCAUACUUGAAAUAUGUUAACAAGUCAAUGGAGUGUUCUCAAAUGACUCAUCAUGAUAUUUCUGAAUAA